UAGAUCGCGUGGGCUCGGAUGGGAGCGCGUACGAUGUUCUCCAAAUUCAAGAGUGGCGGCGGGGUGACCUCGGUACCCGUGCCCUCCGAUGCUCUUGAAUUCAACCCAAUCUUGAACCAAUUUGAAGUUGGUAAGCAGUCGGCGACGGCGGGCCCGGAGAAUGUGUGGAGGAUCCUUGAAGGAUAUAGAAAGAGCGACAGGAAGGAAGUGUCUAUAUUUUUGUUCGAGAAACGUACUGUGGAGAAAAUUUGCAAACCUAAAAGAAAAGAAACUAUUACGGAGAUGUUGCGAGUCGGAGUUCGUCAGUUGGAACGUUUUCGACAUCCAAAAAUCUUACAGGUUGUGCACACCGUGGAGGAGUGUUCGGACACGCUGGCCUUUGUUUCGGAGCCGGUGCUCGCCAGUCUCGCCAAUAUUUUUGCCGCGGAUGAACAGAGACAGUUGAUGGAGGCCACGGCGAUGAAUCACCAGCACCACCAACAUUUCGGCAACCAACAGAUGGUUGGCGGUAAAGCCAAUUUUGUCAAAGAGUACGAUAUGCUUGACAUUGAGAUCAAGUACGGUUUGCUGCAGUGCACCGAGGCUCUGUCCUUCUUACACAACAACUGCCACUUGAUGCACAGGAACGUCUGCCCCAGUAGCAUUAUAAUUACCAAAAAGGGUACUUGGAAGCUUUUUGGAUUCGAAUUCAUAGAAACGGUAAAUGAACGAGACGCAACCGGUCCAGUUUCACUUCCUCCAUGGAUCAAUCGAGUACCAAAAAUAACACAACCAAAUCUUGAUUUUAUCGCUCCGGAGGUGCAACAAAAGAAAAGUGGCAGCAUCCUUAGCGACAUGUACAGCUUGGGUAUGCUUAUUUGCUCGAUUUUCAAUCGCGGACGACCUCUUAUUCAGGCAAAUUACAAUGUUGCUGAAUACCUAAAACAGAUGGAAACGUUAGAGGAUCAGGUUCAUAAUCUGCUGCCACAUGUACCUGUACCUUUGCAAGAGGCGGUGUCGAGGCUCCUUCACAAGGAACCUAAGCAAAGGCCAGCAGCUCAACUCUUGUCAUUAAUUAAAUAUUUCAGUGAUCCGGCAGUACAUGCUUUACAAUUUCUCGAUGUUAUUAACAUGAAGGAUCCGGCACAAAAGGCGCACUUUUAUAAAAGCACGCUCAUAGAAGUGUUACCCUACAUACCAACCAAACUGUGGUACCAACACAUUUGGCCGUAUCUGCAGUAUGAGUCACGCUCCCAGGAGGUUUUCGCGUCAGUUUUGCAACCAAUGCUACACAUCAUCCAGAACAGUAACAUCCAGGAGUACGAGACCAUAAUAUUGCCGAGCUUUAGGCUGCUUUUCGCGGCGCCAAGAUCAAUUCAAGGCUCGGUCGUACUGCUCGAAAAUCUCCACAUUAUUCUGGAAAAGACGGCACUGGAAGACAUUACGAGGGAAGUACUGCCGAUGCUAUACAACGCUUUUGAGAGCAAUACCAUUCAGAUUCAGACGGCGGCCUUCGUUGCGGUGGCCAAUGUCACAGAUUACAUCGACGACAUGGCCAUCCGCAGAAAAUUUUUGCCCAAACUCAAGCUCGCAUUCGAGAAAUGCACGACGGAUCAGCGAAUCCUCAUGAACGCGCUCUGCUGUAUCCUCGAUCGCCUCGAGAAGCAGCAGAUCAUCGACGACGUGUUGCCCCUUCUAUGGAAGGCCAAACUCGAGGAGCCUGAAAUUAUCGUGCGGGUCGUAAGCAUCUAUAGAUUAAUGCUUAGUGACAAGAAAUAUGGAUUACCGGUAAAUAUAAUGGCAACGCAUAUAAUGCCGUCCUUAAUUCCGCAAACAGUGAACUCCGGCUUAAGUCUUGAGCACUUUACACAUCUCCUAGAAGUUUUGAAAGAGAUGCUCAAUCAUAUAGAAAGAAACCAGAGGAACAAAUUAAAGCUUGACAAUCUGUCGAUUCCGAGUCCGGAAAGACACCGUCCAUUGCGUCAUCAGUAUAGCACUGACAACAUGCAAGUGCCUCCCUUCAAUAUUCCAAAUCUACGAGUCGAGCAAAGGAAAACAUCAUCGGCUGAGGAUAUGGCAAGGAAAAAUUCAAUCGGUUCCAUAUCAGCGACGACCUCUACCGAAAACAUGGCAAGAAAGAAUUCUAUUUUCGGUAUGGCCGGCAACUGGUUUUUCGGAUCGACCUCGUCGGCCAACGGGGAGGGCAACUUCCUGAACGUGGGCAGCUUCAUGACCCGGAGACUCUCCGAUAACAGCCUAAUGACACCUAAGAUUAAGAUCGCGCCCUCGUGCGCGAGUUCCCCGGGUGGCACACCUGGAGGCGGACUCCCGAUACGACGACAUUCAAGUACUUGCCCCCAGGAGCGGCGUGGAUCGAACAUUAAUCUUUCACCGCCGACGGGCAGCGGUGUCUCGAUAGGAAGCAACAGUUUCCCAUAUCUCCUAUCGACAAGUAUGACCAGCAUACGCGGCUCACGGCGUCCCUCGGUCACCUCCAACUCCCCUCACCAGAGCUCUGGACUGCUUCAACAAUUUGGCAGCGGCAUGGUAAGACAACACCCCCCCAUCAGUCUCAACCUCAAUGGACUACCACAACCACGAACACAUUCUCCAACAUUCCUGCAGCCAUCGGGACAACCUUCCCACUGACCCAUGGUUACAGUUACCAACUGUUCUCUAAACGAUCAUAAUUCAAUGGAGAUGCAUGUCGAUCAAGAGGCUAAAUCAUUCAACAUGUGAGAGCAGCAUCGACGAAUAAAGCUCUCGAUGCAGUUCAGUCUGAGAAAAAUGAAACAAAAAUACUUUGUUCGGAGCCCAAAGAUGCGAAUCCGUGAACCAAUUUGUCCCUUUUCGAGUCCUUGCAAAACUCAGUACGCACAUCUCUAUAUAAAGAUGAUGUCACAAUUAUCUACUUAUUAUGG